GAGGCAAGCAGUUGGCGACCGUGGUCGCUGCACAAGGAGGGCUUUGUGCACGGGGAAGACAACAUUGCAUCUCUUCCUCUCUCUCUCUUUGCUUCAUGCAUGCAGCAGUCACUCUCUGUGCUAACCUGCAUUCCUGAUUUAUCUCUGCGAUUAUUUCAUAUUCCAGGCGCCCUUCCUGCGUUGUUGGCGAUGCACUAAGAUUAAAGCAGAGAGGGGAAAGGAGAGAGGAUCUAAUGGUUCCUGAGUCGUCUUAGUAAGAGGGCUUUUUAUUUUGUUUGGUGUUACAGUGAAUCGAUGGGGAUGGGAGCUCUCCGUUGGCACAUCCCCCCCAGACGCUGCAUUGUAGCGAACAGCAUCCCCGCCGGGAGGGCACUCAGCCCGGGGACGAUGUGAGGUUGGCCCGUUCCCUUAGCCCGUGCCUCCGGCCGCCGUGGAGCAUGCCGUGGAGGGGACUAUGCCCCCGCUCCCGGCUCCCUCUCGGGCUCGCCCUCUGCGUCUCGCUGCUGUGCUGGCUCUAUGUCUACCCGGUCUACAGGAUCCCCGACGAGAAGGAGAUCGUGCAGGAGAUCCUGCAGCAGGCGCGCUGGAAGAGGAAUCAGACAGCCAUCGCCGCAUUCAGGAGACUGCUUGAGCAAUGUUGUGAUGCGCAACGACUGUUUGCUGUGACAAAAGUGAACUCACCCUUGGGAAAGAACCUCAAGUUUGAUGGAGAGUUCCUCUACUCACUUGCUGUCAACAAUGAAAUCUUCUCCAUGUUUCCACAGGAUACGCCAUUCCAGUUGCCACUGAAAAAGUGCUCAGUUGUGGGAAAUGGCGGAAUAUUGAAGGAAAGUAAUUGUGGCAGUCGGAUCGACCAGGCAGAUUUUGUCAUGCGGUGUAACCUCCCCCCUCUAUCUAAUGAAUAUACCAAGGACGCAGGGUAUAGGACACACUUAGUGACUGCAAAUCCCAGCAUCAUUGAGAAAAGAUUUCAGAACCUUCUGUGGUCCAGGAAGUCCUUUGUGGAAAGUAUGAAAGUGUAUGGCCGUAGCUACAUUUACAUGCCUGCCUUUUCCAUGAAGACAGGGACAGAUCCUUCCUUCCGCACCUACUACACAUUGUCUGAUUUCAGUGCCAAUCAAACCAUUCUCUUUGCCAAUCCGGAUUUUUUGCGCAACGUCGAGAAGUUCUGGAAGGGCAAGGGAAUCCAUGCCAAACGCUUGUCCACGGGCCUAUUCCUUGUCAGCGUUGCCUUGGGCCUCUGUGAAGAUGUGACCCUUUAUGGUUUUUGGCCCUUUUCAAUGGACCUGCAAGGGAGGAUAAUUAGCCACCACUACUAUGACAAUGUGAUGCCUUUUUCGGGCUACCAUGCCAUGCCAGAGGAGUUCCUGCAACUCUGGCUCUUGCACAAAAGUGGCAUAUUAAAGAUGCAGAUAGGCAAAUGUGAGGACAAUACAAAGCAGUGAAUUGCAGAAGUGUGGAGGGGCAUAACAUACAGGUCUCUGACGUAGCCCUUUCGGGGUAAAUCUGCUGACUUGCACAGACGUUUCAUUUUGAUAUCGACCCGUAUCACCUGAGAGAAAUAGUGACCAAACAUGAAACCAGACCAUUCUCUCUCCAUUGCCAUAAAUUGUGAAUGCAUUUACUGAAAUAAGUGUCAGAGUGAUCCAGAUCCGUACUGACGUCUACUUCCAACAUUUCACCUGCACUGUGCAUGGAAUAUCGUGUUGAAAAGAGUGUAGAGAGACUGAUAGAGUUGAUGGACUGUGCCAAUUUAUGCCAGUUCGUAGGCACAUCCAUGGUUAAUGAAUGCAUAGGCCUCCUGAGGCUUAGUUUUAUAAAUGAUUGCCUGUAAAUAUUGUCUUAGUUGCUGUUUAAAGAUUCCGUGGAAGCAGCUGAUAACAAGAUCUCUUUUGUCCCAGGAUUUGUCUAUGAAUUAUAUUGGAUCCAGACUAGUAGACCUGGUCAACUCCAUAAACAGGUUUCUAGCAAUUCCUUACUCACUUUAGUUCAAUUCUUUUUGCAAGCCUCAGUGCAAAGCAAUUAGCUUCAUACAUUUUUAAACUGAGUGGGUUUUGUUUUCCCAGAGCAACAUAAACAAGUCAGUUUUUUUUGCCUUAACUUUGUAGAUACAAUAUAGGCUUCCACCUCCUGUGUUUGUCUUUUAACUUUGUUGCAUCUCUCCGUUGUCAUUUUUUUUCCCCUUCCUACACUGUGGUCGAUGCGAAAUGUCAAUGAGGAUAGCUACUUCUCCCAUUGUGAGGAUUCCAUUGAACAUAUAAAUAUGGGCAAAAGUUCAAUUGCAGCAAAGACUUACACAAAACUGACAGCAAUUGAAUGCACACAUUUACAUAAUAGACUGUACAGCAUAGAAGGUCUUUAUUUGGUUACAAAUCCUUGGGCUUGAAACUUUAAACAAAAGAUUUUAGUUUUAAGUGUCUCAUGUGCGGGAUUGGCAAGUUUUUAGUGCUAGCUUGGAAACUCAUUGGAUGGAAAUUCACCCCAAGGGAUUGCUGGUGAAUGUGAUGCUCUGCUCCCCGCAGCCAAGUAACCAGAGCCAUAUUGAGUGAAUCACACAAAUUUACUUCUUGCAAGUAGCAAUAGUAUGACAUUUUCAGAAAAUUGCCUUUCAGGCCAAGAAUGGUUCAUAUCGUUGCCAUCGAUUUGCGAGACAGAUCUGACUUUUCUGCUUUGCUGUUGUGAGAAUCUUGCCUUUGUUUUCUGCCUCAGAAAGAGCUUGAGGAAUGGGAUACCAGGAAAGAGAAACAUCUUUCGUCGAUGUUUUUUCUAACUCAGGUUUAAAACUGUUUCCAGUGCUGAAUUUUCUCUUGGCAACAUUUUGGUGCCAGGUCGAUGUUUUGUUUGAAGCAAGUUCAUGUCAAAUCUUGGGAAAGUAGAACUCCUGGAGACUUGUGUUCUGUCUCCAGCUGGGAAAACUAUUUGGGGCUCAUUAUCACAGUUUUCAAGGUAUAAUGUAGUGACAGCCAGCUCUGCAAGUUUGGGACAAUACUGACACUGGCCCUGGCAAAUACUUUUGCCUGGAUAUUUUUUCUGGAGCUUGUGUCGAAUUUAGGAAACAGGUUUUGAAUUUGCAAAAUUUGUUAAUGCUUUUUGUACAUUAGUAAGGAAAAUAAGGUUGACUGAGUUCACUUCAUAACGCAAAAACGUGUGAACUGUAUGAGCAGCAGGAUUCCGUUGCAAUCUUCGCACUUAGACAGUUAAUAUUGGUUAGUGUCAAUGCCAUGUUGCCAUUCAAGGGGACUUUCAACCUCAGUUGCAAUUGGAAGGGAUUGUAUGCUGUUGGACGUUGAACUCAGAUGGUUGCAAGUUUAUUCCAGUUGUGGGUUUAAGAUUGCUGUAGCUUCAUCCCAGAGGCAGCCAUCCCCAUCCCCGCUUUGAUGUUGUUCAGUUGUAUUCAGCGAGCUGGGUUUUGACUAUUGGUUAGAAAAGAAUGCUUCCCUUACAGGGCAAAGGUCAAUCCCACCCUAUGGAAGCAGUUUCCUGUACGCUCAUUGCAAGGCGGAAAUUGAUGAAAUGUUGGAAAGAUGGAUCUAACCCAGCCCAAACCUUCAUUCCCAGAAUGGGUGAAAUCUGUAAAAACAGAGAAGCAGGAGCCCCUAUGUUUAAAUGUAAAAUGUACAGCAGUCAAUUGUGACCAAUGUGUUUAGAGAAAGUGAAAGAUCUGUCUGUGCGUGUUGCAAAUCCAGCGGUGUGGAUAUAUUAAUCUUAACACAGAUAGCAGGUGUUAGGUGGGUAUCUGUGAAUGUGUUGUCUAUGAAAUGCUGUAGCAAACUGUCAUCGAUUACCCUGUCCAAACUCUGCAUAUGUUUAUUGAAGGCUUUAGAGUAGAUCUUGUAGAACCCUAGUGGAAGAAUUGCAUAUUCUGUAAGGUUUUGUUGAUUUACAGUGUUUUGAAAAAGUAGGAGAAAACCUUUGCCUCCUUAUUACUGUUGUAGCUGCCUGUUAACACAGGAACUGCAACUCCCUCAGUGAGGUCCAAAGGUUUCCAUUUGGGAUUGCAGUAUUUUUAAGGUGCCAACCACCAUUUCUGUGUGAUAUUUGUUAUUUCUUGAUCUUUUAAAAGGGGCAAUGUUGUGUGUGCUGUGUGCGCAGUAUGUGUAUAAGCCAAAUGUGCAGCAGGGUUUCGUUGCACUGUGAGAAUAUUUCAGCUAGCUGGCCUGUCCCUUUAUCACGAACAGCAGAUUUGAUUUCACCUGAUUUCAUAUUUGGCUACCUCAGGUUUGUAUCUGACUACUGGCUGCCUUAAUUAUUCUCCCAUCAGUCAAUGAAAAGGGACACAAGUCUGAAUAAAAGGAUAGAGGAUAAAUUUGAAUCAAAAGAUCUUUGUCAUUGUAAUCCAGUUAAUUUACAUUGUGGUUGCUCACAAUCUGUGAACCCUGACCUUUAUUAUAGUACCCAUUCCAAUAGUAUCAAGUCAACACCCCCUUUUUUACGUGCAACAAUACUGGAUCAACAUUAUAUAAGAGUGAAUUGUUAGCUUUUUCACAAUCCCUUAGAUGAAUCUUUUAUUGGACUUGUAAUUUUUCUUGGUGCUAUUAUCGUAGCUUCAGAUUAAUAAUUUUAUUUUUGGUUUCUCAAACAUUUCUUCAAAAAUAUGUAGAUCAAACAUAGUUAUAGUUUUUGAUGUGUGCCCUUCGGUUUUAGUAGAUUAUUACAUAUUGUAACAAUUACUGGCUCAAUCAGUUUCACAGAAAUACAAGUCAAUAGUGACUGAUUUUUGCACACGUAUACAUUAGUGAUCUCCUUAUCAAGGUGUUCAUUAUAGGACAAUGGAGCUUUUGUCAUUGUAAUGCAUUCGUUUUGUAAAUCAGACAAAUGGUAUUGUAUUUAGUUCAGUUUGUAGAAACUCUGUUGCAUACAUUGAAAUCAAUUGUGGACCUGCAUAUGUGUGAAAUGGAUGUCCAGUCAUUGGGCACAAUUGUUUUUGUGAAUGAUGCAAUCACUCUUUGAUUGUUAGCAUUUUAAGUGUAGCAUGUGGAUAAUAACAAGAUUGCAGAAUUGCAUGAAGACAUGAUUAGUUAAUAGUCACCACUCAUUCAUUCUGUCUUCAUUUAUGUUUCUGAAACUUUAUGCACUUCGCAGCUUUAAUUGCUUCUGAUAUUUCUGUCAAUGCAGACUGUUAAGAAGUAUGUGCACUUGGAAUUGAAACUGUGAUUCCACAAGUAACUAGGCUGAACACACCACUGAAUAAAGUACAAUUCCAGGGGCCUGAGCUGCUGUAGUGGAUACGGAAGGGGGAUGAUGCAUUUACUUGCAUGCAAAAUUCAAGGAAGAAUAAUGGCAAAGGUUUUUUUUGUUGCUGCAAUGAUGUUUUAAUGAUGUUUGACUUUUGACAUUUUACACGCAAUGUUGCUGGUGUCAGAAUACAUUUUGACAAAAUUUUUAUUUUUCGUGGGCAGAACUAUUAUUUCAAAGCCAAUGUCUGUAUUUUAAACUUAUUCUUUUGUGAGCCUCAGGUUUAUGACUAUUCCUCACAUACGUCCAGCAGCCCCACUGAGGGCGGUCAGAUUUCCCAGCAUUCUAUUUGAGGGUUAUGGUAACUCACUGAGUAUUUUACAGAUGGUUAAUACAUGAGGGCAGAUUUUUCUAAGUGUGAGCCUUGAGCUAGGGAGUUACUGGGAGUAAGGAACUCAUCCCGUUUUCCUGUUUAAUCACAGACAAGGAGGAGCCAUUCCACUCACUUCGUUGAUCCAGAAGAUCCUACAUUCCCUCAAUGUGGCAUCUAACUGGCUGAACACUGACCCCAGUUUUUAUUCUGGAGAGAGUUUCCUGAUGUAAUAUCUAAAUCUGCCUCUCACCAGUUUGGACUGUGUCAGCUUGUCUAAUCCUCUCAAUUUAAUGAAAUGUUCUAAAUUUCCUUUAUCCGUGGAUCAGAAACAUUGAAAUAGGAGUGGGCUACUCAACUCUUUGAGCCUGUUCUGCCACUAAUUUACAUCAUGGCUCAUCUAAAUCCAAACUCCAUUUAUCCAUGUUGAUCCCAUAAUGUUUAAUGCCGUUCCCUAAUGAAAAUGUAUUGAGCUUAGCUUGAAGACUUUCAGUUCCUUUGGGGAAAGAGUUCGAGGUUUUUAAUGACUCUGUGCGACGGAGCACUUCUUGGCAUCACCUCUGAAUGGCCAAACUCAAAUGUUAACACUGUGACCCUUAAUUCUGGGCAUGCCUUUAACUAUGAAACAUUUAGGAUCAAUUUCUACUCCUUGCUCUGUUCCUGGAGGAGCUAACUCAUUUAUUUCAAAGGGUUUAGAUAGCCCAUGAUAAAAUAGGGGAGUUUGACUCUAAUGAGCCAAGCUUGUUAUUUUACUGAAAAGAGGAACGUGUUGCAAAAUUGUUUCUCUUGCACUCAUCAGGACAAAUGCAAAAGUGCCAGGUUUCAAUUUCUCAUGAUAAUUUAUACAACAGAUUUAAAAAUUUGGCAUUCAGGAUAAAUGCAAGAAUGACAAAUUUAAAAUAUGUUGUAUGAAUGGUUGUGAUUAAUUGAAAUUUGGCAGUCAAGCGUUUGCCCUACAAGACGAAAAACCUCAGCAACAUGUCUCUCAGUAAGCUCUGUGUCCUGACCUACAAACUAACUGCACAUUAAUGUUGCUCUGUUACUUCCAGGCUCAGUUCUGACAGUGCAUGAGACAAUGUACCCCAUGCACCUGUGUGGUUGACAGUCAACUUCAACAGAUCUCAGCUCAACACAGUGGCUAACAAUGUUUAUUGACUAACUUUGUAAUGAGAGUUUAUAAAAGAUUCAGAAUUCUUACUGGUUUAGGCCUUGUAGCUGUCAGUAGGCCCCAUGUUGUGUCAACAUGCAAUAAAUUUCUGCAAGUUAAAA